CGUAGACCCGUCCAGAUAUGCCUCCACAAUGAGCUUAUCCUUGGACUCUACCCAAAUUCAAUAAGAACCCUAAUCCAUUUUCAUCUUCUUUCAUCUAGAAAAGCUCACCUUGGACAAGAGAACAGGACCCAAGUGCUGCAGCAAACAGUAUGGCAGCUUCUUCCCCUCCUCCCAGAGUAGAGUCACUGUCCAAGCCUGUUCAACAACUGGUCAUCAACGGUGAACAAGUGCCGGAAAACUACAUCCAUCAGAACACUGACGAUGGACCGAUCGGUGCCUCUUUUCCAGUGACGGAGAUUCCUAUUAUUGAUCUUGGUCUCCUCACAUCUUCAUCGCCCACAGGUGAACCAGAACUUGAGAAACUUAGAUCAGCUCUCAGCUCAUGGGGUUGUUUUCAGGCAAUAAAUCAUGGAAUGGCAAGUUCUUUUCUAGACAAAGUGCGGGAAGUAACCAAGGAAUUCUUUGCACUUCCAAUGGAAGAGAAGCAGAAAUACUCCAGAACCCUUGAAGACAUUGAAGGGUAUGGGAAUGACACAGUCGUCACAGAGCAUCAGACCCUUGAUUGGACUGACCGAUUGUAUCUUCUGGUAAGGCCAGAAGACCAGCGAAAGCUCAAACUUUGGCCUGAAAAUCCUGAUACUUUUAGGGAUACAUUAAAUGAAUAUACCGAGAAGCUGGGACAGUUGACUGAAAUAGUUCUCAAGGCCAUGGCAAAGUCAUUGAGCCUUGAGGAUAGUUGCUUUCUAGAUCACUGUAGAGAAGGAGCAUUGAUGUCUACAAGAUUCAAUUUUUACCCAGUUUGUCCAAGGCCUGAUGUUAUUCUGGGCUUGAAACCACAUGCAGAUGGAUCAACAAUCACCUUUUUGUUGCAAGACAAAGAAGUGGAAGGUCUUCAAGUCUUGAAAGAUGAUCAGUGGGUUGGAGUUCCUAUCAUCCCUCAAGCACUUCUCAUUAAUCUCGGCGAUCAAUCAGAGCUAGCGAGUAAUGGAAUCUUCAAGAGCCCAGUACAUAGGGUGGUGACAAAUUCAGAAAGGGAGAGGAUUUCAGUGGCUACUUUCCUUCUUCCCCAUCCGGAUAUGGAGAUUGAACCUGCAAAUGGGUUGGUCAAUGAACAAAGGCCAAGGUUAUACAAGAAGGUGAAGAAUUAUGUUAGUCUCUAUUUCCACAAUUACCAGCGAGGGAAAAGACCAAUUGAUACACUCAAAAUUUAAAUUUAUUUUCUUGUUAUUUUUCAUCUCCUAUGGUUUAUAUCGCAAAGUUAUUAUCAAAUCCAUGGAAUUUUAAUAAAAAUAGUUACUUGGAAUGGAUUCUUUUUGGAA